CUUGGAGGGUACUGGUAGCUCAUAGUAACAGAAUUAGCCAGUUCUCCUGCAGGCUCCAUCAAAUAUGCUGGGUUACUGGGUGGUAGUGGGUUGUUUGUAAAUUGAGGUCUCAUGAAUUAGGCUCCUUUUACUUUCUAUGAAAGCUGUAGGAACUGGGGUCACUAAAGUUGGGCAGCCCCCAAACCCAGAACCUUGGUAGGUAUAAUCCCAGCACUUGGAAGUUAGAGGCAGGUGGAUCUCUGAGGUCAACUUGAUCUUCAUAGUGAAUUCCAGACAAGCCAGGGUUAUAUAGAAAGGCCCUGCCUUAAAAGCAAACAAAGAACUAAAAACCCAGAAUCCAAUUACUGCUCCAUAAAAUAACAGAUUCAGGAGCUCCAGGACUUCCUGGAGGAGGAGGGGGAGGGAGAGGAUGGGACUGGGAUAGAGGACAUUGUAGGUUUCACAGUGUGUCAUUUUGGGCUUAUGCCUGUGUCUGUGGGAAUGCAAUUUUGUGCAUGUAUGUGAUUGUGAGGGACAUGCCUAUAUUUAAUGGCCUCAAGAACGGUUGUAUGUGUGAGAGAAGCUCUGUGUGGGGACCUAGUUAUGUGCAUGAAUAUGUGUUCUAGGGUGGAUCCCAUGCCCUCUGAAGACACUUGAGCUAUGCAAAGAGAUUUGAGAGUUUUUCCAGAAAAUGUGAGAAUAAACAGGGUAAUGCAUGUAUUGGUGUCUGUUAUGCUCCUUCACUAAUAGCGCUAUCUGAGACCCAGAAAGUAAGCAUCAGUUUCUAUGUCUACAGAGAGGGUGAUGGUGCCUGCCCUGCUCCUUUCUAAGACUAGGGUAGAGCUCCAGGUAGAGACAACAUGGGAAGCUGGGUUGGGGAGUAGAAAGGGUCUAAAACAGGAUGAGGAAGGGGAUGAGAAAGAGUUAGAGAUCGUAAGGUGAGGAGGUGGGUCAGGAGAUAGAGGCAGGUGAGGGAGAGUCUGCACCUGGAGGUUUGCUAGCCUUAGAGGGAGCUCUGAAGGCCCAGCAGCUACCUUUCUAUGAUCCUCACCUGUGAAAGACCAUCUGCCCCAUAGGAGGUCUAGGUCUAGCAGAGGACUCUGUCCGGGAGUUUGGGGUGAUGGUCCACUUCUUUUGUUCAAUAUGACUUGAAAGUUUCCUUUCUAAUUUGUAGACAUGAUUUUUUUUUUUUUCGGAGCUGGGGACCGAACCCAGGGCCUUGCGCUUGCUAGGCAAGCGCUCUACCACUGAGCUAAAUCCCCAACCUGUAGACAUGAUUUUUGAUGAGAGAUAACGGAGGGGAUAGAGAACCCAGAGGUGGUGGCUCCUGCAUGUGAUCCCAGCAGUGGGGAAACUGAAGCAGAAGGACUCACUUGAAAUAGAGGUCAACCUGGGCUAAAGAAUGAAACCCUACCUCACCCCUUUCCUCCAAUAAAUAAGCAAAAAUGAGUGGAAGGAACAGGACUGGGAGAAAGGAGAGUAGCUAGGUAAGCGGUUCUUAACCAUGAGGGAGAGUCACAUAUCCUGCACAUUAGAUAUUUACAUCAUGAUUUGCAAAGUAGCAAAAUUACAGUUAUGAAGUAGCAACAAAAUAACUUUAUGUUUGGAGGUCACCAUGACUUUAGGAAUUGUAUUAAAGGGUUGCAGCUUCAGGAAGGUUAAGAACCACCGAGCUAGGUGAUCUAAGAUCAUUUCCUGCCUUAGUGCUAACUUAAGAUAAUGCAUCAUGUGUUCCCAUUACCUAACUCCUGUCCAUCCUGAAAUUCCCUUCUAAGGUGUUUCCUCCUCUGGAACACCUUGCAUGGCCUCUCUGAGUCAAACUUAACUCCUUCUCAUAAGUGCCUGCUGUUCUUGGUGUUACUGCCUACCUUUCUCUCAUACCAUAUCUGUAUCUGUCUUCCUCACCAUACUGGCGUCUCCAUGAGAACAAACACUGUACUGAGUCAAAAAGUAUUUGUUGAGUAAAUACAUAUGACUUCCCAGUCUAGUGCCUUGGGAAAGGCAGAUUAGUCCAAACAGAAAUAUAAAGCGUUUACAGCUUAUAGGUUAAACAGUACAUUGUUUGCUCUGCCUUUCUGGCUGGCCCUGAGGGCUAGCGGGACUAAUGACCUCAGUCUACCUGACAUCCACUACCUACGCAUGGUACACUAACUAGUUGGGAACUUAAGCAUAGUGGCCCUUGGGAAUAUUUCACCCCCACUUCCUGGGACUCUUCUGUUGGAUACAAUUGAAGCUUUUAUUUGUGCUUUGAGUUUCCUACUCAGAAUAUCCAAGGGAGGGCCAGCCCUGGGCAUAAAGUAAGUAGCCCAGCCUAACACACCUGUCAGUAAUGGCAGCCCUCUACUUACUCACCCCAAGUAACAGGGCGCUUCGUCCUUCAAGUAACCUGUUUUAAGGAGGUUUAGUAACUAACAAUGAACUCUUUUUUUUUUUAAAGAUUUAUUUAUUUAUAUAUAUAAGUACACUGUAGCUGUCCUCAGACACACCAGAAGAAGGCAUCAGAUCCCAUUAUAGAUGGUUGUGAACCACCAUGUGGUUGUUGGGAACAGAACUCAGGACCUCUGAAAGAGCAGUCAGUGCUCUUAACCACUGAGCCAUCUCUCCAGCCCUGAACACACUCUUUAAAAAAAAAACAAAAACAAAAAACCAAACAAACAAGAAGCAUAGAUUUGGCCGGUGGUAGGUUGGGGUGUUUGAAACAGGGUCUCACUAUAUAGCUCUGGCUGGCUUACAAUUUAUGUAGAACAGGGUGGCCUCAAACUCACAGAGAUCCACCUGCCUCAGCCUCCCAAGUGCUGGGAUUAAUGACAUAACACUACCUUGUCCAGCCAACAUAGAUUUUCUUUCCAGUCCUGGCCCUAGUCUUACCUCUGCUGUGACAAGCAUAGACUAUGCUCUCCUCCUGGUUUUACGUCAGUCCUGCAUAGAUGAGUCCAUCCAAGGAGUGUAGCUCUAAUUUUUGCAGGCAACCUUCCAGGAUAGGAUCUAUAGGCUCCUGACAACCCUAACUACGUCCUUGGACUGGAUCCAGUUGUUAACUGUGUUGUCUUUGUUGGACCCAGAUCUGGAUAAUUGGACUAAAGCUGGCCUGGGCAAUACAGGCACAAGCAAUGCUACUUAUUCCUAUUGCUGUCAGACUGCUGUUGAUGCAGCCCAAGCUACCGUUAGCUGUUUCUGUGUGGAUACAGGGUGAGCACUGCUAGCUCGUGCUCAGUCCUGUCAGGAUUCUAUUUACUCGUUGUGUUUGUGUGCUUGCAAGCAUGGCACUCAUGCCUGCCUCUGCCGUGGCACAUGCGUGUCCGUCAGAGGGCAGCUUUUCUCCUUCUGCCUUUACAUGGGUUCUGAGGGUCUAAUUCAGACCAUUAGGAUGCAAAACAAGAGCUUCUCCCCUUCAGCCAUCUCACCAGUCUUUUGAUUCUCUUAACACAGGUUACUCAGCUCUCUUAGUGGAUCUAAAAACAUAACCCAGUUGCAUUCCAAUAAAAAAUGAGCCAGAUCCCCCCUUUUUUUUCUUUCUCUUCUUCUCUUUCUAGAAACCUACUUGUCUCCUCUGGAUGCAGUAUUUAGAAAGGUCUCCGCCUCCGUGCCUGGCAAAGGAGCUUAGUGGGCUGACCUUAGUCACUAUCACUUCUUACACAGUGUUCUGGGAUUUAUGAGGUGGCCUUGUUGAUUUUGAGAAGGCUGUGUGCCUGGGCAGGCAUGGAGAACUUGGCCUUGUGGGCGGAGGGCAGGCCCUGAGGACCUGGGGGUGGGACCCUCUGGUCCGGAGCAGUUUCAGUCUGAGUGGAGUCCUCAGUCCCAUCCCAGGAUUCUGCAGCACCCAGUUUGCCAUGAGGAUGGAGAUUGUGAAGUGAAGCCAUCACAGUUCCAGUGUUCAGGCCCCCGGGAUCCUCUGCCCUUUAAAAGGUGGAACUAUAGUAUCAGUAUGCCAUGGUUCCUGCGAGCUGCCCCUGCCUGUCUCUGCCACUUCUGUCCCAUCUCUCUUCAUCUUCUUCCUCCUCUGCCCUUCCUUCCAUUUAUGUUCUGGCUUUUUCUUGUGCCAGCUCUAGAAAAGGCUCUAUUUCCCCAGGCCCAGGUAUCCUACCAGGCCCCAAGUUGUGCCCCUUGCCUUGCUUGGACCACUCACAGGAUGUUCUCUGCGGCCUUGGACCCCGAUGGGACCGUGUUCCGGCUCCGCUUCACGGCCUUUGUCUGGUGGGUCAUCACUUUCCCCCUGUUCGGCUUCUUCUUCUGCAUCAUCUGGUCUCUGGUGUUCCACUUUGAGUACACGGUGGCCACUGACUGUGGGGUGCCCAAUUACCUGCCAUCAGUGAGCUCUGCCAUUGGUGGGGAGGUUCCCCAGCGCUACGUGUGGCGUUUCUGCAUUGGCCUGCACUCGGCACCCCGCUUCUUGACAGCCUUCGCCUAUUGGAACCACUACCUCAGCUGUGCAUCCCCGUGCCCGGGUUACCGCCUUCUCUGCCGCCUCAACUUCAGUCUCAAUGUGGUGGAGAACCUGGCACUGCUCGUGCUCACCUAUGUCUCCUCCUCCGAGGACUUCACCAUCCAUGAAAAUGCUUUCAUUGUGUUUAUCGCGGCCUCCCUCAGUUACAUGCUCCUCACCUGCAUUCUCUGGCGGCUGACCAAGAAGCACACAGAUCGCAAGUCCUACAGCUGGAAACAACGGCUCUUCAUCAUCAACUUCAUCUCCUUCUUCUCGGCGCUGGCUGUUUACUUCCGGCACAACAUGUAUUGUGAGGCUGGAGUGUACACCAUCUUUGCCAUCCUGGAGUACACUGUGGUCCUAACCAACAUGGCGUUCCACAUGACAGCCUGGUGGGACUUCGGGAACAAAGAGCUGCUAAUAACCUCUCAGCCUGAGGAAAAGAGAUUCUAAACCCCGUCUCUGAUCCUGGAAAACAAGAAACCACUCUGGCCUUCCCUAUCUCAGUGUCCUCUCUGGGCCCUUCUCCGUCUGGGGACUGGGAGAGAAGAGCAGGAAGGGUAGGACAAGGCUGACCCCAGCACUGCUGACUUCUCCCCACCUCUCAUCUCUCAUGGGGAUCUUCAAGAAGCAUCACUACUCACUGAAAGGUCCUAAAAAGCUGAGCUGGCAGGAAAGCCCUACCACUUGGUGCUAAGAAAAAAAAAAAAAAAAAAAAAGAGAGAGAGAGAAAGAACAAAAAAAGAAGAGUCCUGAGGUUCAUGACUGUCUAGUUUUUGACCUUUAUAUAGACACGUUUCACUAAGGUUAGGGUCCAGAGCAAUGGCUGUGACCGUCCGGUCUGGUCAUUGAUCUGACUGAUGUGUCUAGCGAUCUACCGUGUACACCCACUGUGUGUACACCCAGGUGGUAGUUCUAUAACUUGCCCAGGUGUUCUAGAGGUGUAACCUCUUCCCCAUCAGCCUCACUGUGUUCCCGUGUAUGCCUGGGGGAAGUAUGUUGUGUGAUUUCUAAGGGCUUUGGUCUCUGAGGUCAUCCAAUGGAAGUGUUGUGUUGUACUUGACAGGUAACUUGUCCCAGAAGCAGCAUCAAGUGUAGGAUAUAUUUUCCUUUCCCAUCUAAAACCUCUGGCUUCUUGGAAUAUGUCUGUCAUCCCAACACAUUGGAGGCUGAGAUGGGUGGACUGCUUCAGGAUCCACGCCACCCUGGGCUACAUGUGAGACCUUGUCUCAAAAAUGAAAUAAGAUGCAAGGCACGGUGGCACAUGCCUUUAAUCCCAACACAGCAGAGACAGGCAAAUAUCUGUUGAGUUCAAGGCCAGCCAGGGCUAUACAGUAAGACCCUGUUUUAGAAGAAAAAAAAAAAAUCAAAGAACCCUAAAAUCGCAGGCUUCUGAGACCUUUCCCUCCUUGGAUGGGGGGAGGGGUCAGAGGUAGAUUUCCCUACUCCAGAAUGGGUUCCUUGGCUUUCCUUUAUCCUCGUGACUGUCCCACAUCCCCAUCUUUCAUUUGUAUAUUUUAUUUCAAAGGACAAUAAAUUUUUUUCUUUUGCCAACA